CUCUCCCCCGCUCUCUCCCCGCCCUCUCCCCCGCAGGCAGUCGACCGCGCCCACCGGAUCGGCCAGCACCGCCCUGUCCGCGUGGUCCGCCUCUCGAUCGCCGGUACAGUCGAGGAGCGGAUCCUCGCGCUGCAGGAGAAGAAGCGCCAGAUCGCGGCCGCCACCCUCGGCGACGAGGACGAG